UUUCGCGCCUAAACGCCCCCCUUGGUAACAGCGCUCCCAUUGGCUGCCUGGUGGAGGGGGCGGGCGGCCUAUUGGUCAGCGCCGCUCCUGGCCCCGCCCUCCGCGGACGCUUGGCGCGAAACCGGAGCGGAUCUGACGUUUUUACGGGAGGCGGCGCUUGGCUGAAGGACGUUGUCCUGGGCGACAAUCCCGCGGCCUUCACGCAGAGGCUCACAGGCAAAGAUCAGCGUCCGAUCAAUAUCUUUGAAUUCUGGACUGAAAAUAAUUAAUUGACGAUGGAACCUUCAGAAAGAGUUAGAGAUGUCUGGUAUCAGAGGAAUCCCGUUUCAGCUCUGAAUAAGGUGGAGAGGAAACCUUCAAAGCGACUAAAGUGUGAGCAGACUGCUAUUGAUUCUCAUUUAACAGGAAGGACAGUCAAAUGGAUUGUAAGAGAGGCAAGCCCAGAAGAGCAACCAUCUUCUGUGAAUUCAGAUUUGACCAAGUGUUGCAAUGAAGAUUUCCAUACUCCGGUUUAUCCUUCACCUCAAAUAAAAAAGGAGCGACAAGGAACACUACAUUUAUUUUUCCAGAUGCCACUUUCCAAAAGUCAAGGCAGUGCGGACUUGUCAUCCUAUGCAACCAGUCCUGUCAUUAUAAUUGCAAACAGACCAGAGAUUCCAGUUACUGCAUCUACUGCUAGUCCAGUCAAGACCUCUCCAAUCAGAUCAGGAAGUCCAGGCAUGACAUCUUCUGCUACUACACCAAGUAGUCCCGUUUUGUCAUCAUCAGCUACCAGACCAGACACUCCAGUGUUGACCAGUGGUAGUCCAUGUGUAAAUGUAGUUUUCCCAACUGAUGAUCCUUUGUCCUCGUCUCCAGAAUACGGGAAUUAUGAACCACCUUGUUCCAUUCAUGAAGGGACUUCUUUGACAUCUCCCUCUGCAGAAGCUGCACUGACAUCAAAGUCGUUGCCACAGACACCCAACCAUCCGACAAACCUUUCUUCUUUGCCAAUACAGCGUUUGAGAAAUAGAUCUCUUAAGUUUCAGGCAAAGUGGUUUAAAGAGUUUCCAUGGCUCCAUUUUGAACCAAAUGUGGAUGGUGUAUUGUGCCAUACCUGUGUAGUAGCAGCAGAACUGGACUUAUUGAAAAUGUCAAAGUACAAGGAGCAGACGUUUAUCUCGAGAGGUUUUAAGAACUGGAAAAAAGGCAUUGAAAAAUUCACAGUUCAUCAAAAGUCUAUAUGCCACAAUAUUGCCAGUGCAAACUUGUUUCCUAGCAACGAGCCAUGUGACGUUAAUGCCCAGCUGGGCGAACGAUUAAGCCAAGGACAGAUAGUGGCCCAGAAAUCCCUAGUGCAGAUAAUUGAAGCGCUGCAGUAUCUGACCCAGCAAGGUCUGCCGUUACGUGGGAACGAUGACGGUGAAGGCAACUUUACAGCAUUGCUUAACCUCUUCUCAUCUCGUGACGGGGACUUUAAGACAUGGCUGCAGAAGAAAACAAACUAUACUUCUGGACUGUGCCAAAAUGAGAUUCUUCAACUUCUAAGUCACCAUAUACUCAGAAGCAUUUGUAAAGACGUUCAGUCGACACCAUUCUUCGGUGUUAUUGUUGAUGGGACUCGGGACUGCACAGGCACCGAGCAAAAGUCGAUCUGCGUUCGCUUUAUGAAUGAAGUGUUUGACAUUAAGGAUGAGUUUGUGGGACUGUACCAGAUGAACUCCACGACCGGAGCAGACCUGGCGAGGAUGAUCGUCGACGUGCUCACAAGGUUGCAGCUGCCAAUCGACAACUUGCGGGCCCAGGCUUAUUGCGGGGCAGGAAACAUAUCCGGAUGCCAGGCGGAAAUUAAGAAAAUUCAGCCGUUAGCCACAGACCUGGUGGAACAAAAGCAACUCUCCUCGAUGCUUCUAAAGGGCGAUUAUCAUCAGGAUUUGGUAGACAGGUUUCCUGAACUUGAGACACUUCACUCAGAACUUACAUUUUUCAGGAUGCGGUUUCCACGGGCAACUAUUGAGGAGUACAGGCAGGUUUUCAAAGGGAUGUGUCCAGAAGUACGACAGAUGUUCCCUCGAGUUGAGGCACUGUUAAGACUGGUUCUGAUAUCUCCAGCCAGUCCAUGCGAGGCGGAACGAUCGUUCAGCACACUACGCGGCAUUAAAACGUGGCUUCGCACCACCAUGUCUCAGGAGAGGCUGAACCAUCUCAUGAUCUGCAGUGUGCACAAGGAGCGGCUAUCAAAAGUGGAUUCUCGCAUCAUAGCUGAGGAAUUUGUCGGCAAUAAUGAAGAUACCAGGCGGCGUGUAUUUGGAAAGUUUCACUUGGAAUAGGUGGUUGUCAGUGAAUGGAAUACAUCAUGGUUACAUAUUGGGUGGAACUUUCAAAGUUGUUAAAUACAAGAUUCAAGAGGGUUUAUUGUCAGUACAGCCAUAUUCACAGUGCAAUGAGAUAGCGUUUCCCUAGAACCUCGGUGCUACAUAGGACACAAUUGGACAACAUGCUACAUAUAAAGAUACUACGCUAUGCACAUGGUUGCAUAGUCUGGCUGUGAGAGACCGUAUGCUUUGGUACCUUCUGCCAGAUGGGAGGGGGGAGAAAAUUUUA